AGGAAGGAGAACAGGGAAGAAGUCGUGCUAGUGGGUCGGAGAGAGAAGCGUCAGGUGAACAACUUCAUCCCGAGCGGGCCCCAGUUGAACAACAUCUUCGUGGGGGAUCGGAUCCCUCGCCAGCCGCCAUCCUUCUGUCCCGACGGGGAGGAGAACCGACCCUGCGACCCCAAAAGCCCCUUCCGCACCUACUCCGGCUGGUGCAACAACCUGGGGAAACCCCAUUUCGGCAAGGAUCUCACGCCCUUCAAUCGACUCCUGGCGCCAAAGUACGAGGACGGGAUCAGUCGGCCGCGGUCGACAUCGGUGUCAGGCCAACCGUUGCCCUCGCCUCGGGCCAUCUCCACGUUCAUCCACGCCGACGUGUCUCGUCUUCACAAUCGAUAUGCCCUCAUGGUCAUGCAAUAUGGUCAAUUCCUCGACCACGACAUCACUCUGACUCCCGUCCACAAAGGUAGAGUUCACGUCGAGGUCACGAGGCGUCGAUGC